ACAAAACGCAGGUUGUUGCCCGGUUGGAGUUGCUCUUCACAUUCUAGAAACUGAGUAGACGACCAAUUCAGAUGUGACCCGAAAACCAUAAUGCCGGCAGUACGUCACAGUCACACCUCUCGCCUAGCGGUUCCAUUGGGCAACUUGAGGACACGAGAAAAUCUACUUGCCGCAGAGCAGCUGACCUGCGCGCCGAAACACGCCAUCAAUUCCAUCGAGCAAACUCCAAAACUUCCCCGGUAACCCGCACCUCACUGAGUGACCUCCCAUCCCAACGGCACUCGGCUCGGCAGUCGCCACCAUCGCUGCGCUACGAGCAAUGCUACAUCUCGAAACCUCCACAGGCAACAAGAGGCAAGGAUGCCACAGCUCGAUCUGGAGUCCCUCUUCUGCGUUGGCGGCGGGUCGAAGGUCGCCUGCGAGACCAUCGCCUUCGACGUCGACGUCGCCAACGCCCACGAGGUGUCGCGCCGGACUAUCUGGGCCUGGUCCGGCCUAACCGGCGCGGCGCUGGAGCGGGACGGGUCGACCAAGGGCAGCUCCAACCCCAAGACCGCUGCGGAAGAGGCUACGCGCAACAAGGGCGGGUCGAGGGCGCCGAGGAGGCUGGAGGCAAUCGUCGUCGGCGUUCUGCCUGCCGGGAAGAUGGUCGUCCAGCAUCGGCGCUCCCCCGUUGUCGGCCGCCGCUUCGCAGGGGCCAGGGUCUUCGCGAGCGAGGCCGUGGGCACGGAGCCUGCGUCCCCGAAGGUGUCGUGCUUUGGGGCCGUGCGGUCCGAGAUCCGCGCGGCGGCCCCUGCACCUGCGCCUGCGCCGCGCGGGGAGGAGGAGCGGGUCGAGGAGCGGAGCGGGUGCUGGGCGAGCGUCACCUCCGCGCUUCGUGGCUUGUUAUGCGGCUCUGGCUCGGACAAUCGUCCGGAAGGUGAACCGAAGGCCGCGGUGUCGGAGUCGCCGGCGGUGGCCGCUCCAGUCCUGUCGCCCCCGCGGCCGGUUCUGGGUCUUGGAGACGUGAAGCAAAUUGCUUCGCGGCGGUGGCCGGAUGGAGAUGGCCGGUGCUUGGUUUGAAUCUCUUGCGUGCUUCAGGAACGAGAAGCACGGGAACAGUUGUGUACACAUCUUCACUUGUACACAGUCUUGCGUGCUUUGGUAGGCACGGGAACAGCUGUACGUUCACCGUCGCCGAGGCAGCAACCAGCAGCAGUCCUGUACGGUAGUACUAGUACUUGCGUGCUUGCGCCCGUGCUAACAAAACCAGCCUUUAAUCUUCUCUCGUGCAAUGCGUAUGUCGUCUCUUUCUUUUGUACUGUACUCCAGCUAGCUACGCCUUCCAUGUACAAUUGUGAGAAAUCGGUGUUUGACUUUUGUAGGUAGUUUCAGUUCACUCCAGCAUAUGCUCCCGAAAGCCGAAAUGCAUUUCCGGUUUCAGUUCA